AUGAAGAAAUGGAAAACGCACACUGAUGAGCAGAAAAACAAUACUGUUUCUCUACGACUGCUCAUCUCCAUAAGUGCAAUAAAAGGAGUUCAGCGCAUUCCGCACAGAAUCUGCGCUUUAACCCUUCGCUACCCACCGCAAGCCGAGGGAAGUAAUGCUUGCCUGCGGCCAGCGUUCCUCCGGGCAGCCGGCAGCCCUCCACCUCGCACACUGUUGCUCGUCAACACCUCCUGUGUCUCGCCGGACCGGCCGCCCGUUCCUUUGUGCAGCUUGUGCGAGCUGCUGCACACGCAGAAAGUUACCGGCGAAGCCACGAACCGGGAGAAAAGAGACGUGUUCCGCUCGGCCCCGGCGGAGAGGAGGCGGAGGAUUUCGGGGAAGCCCGAACUUCCCGGAGCCCCGGCACCCCUCGAUUGCUCCCACGGCCGCACGCAGGGGCGGGAGACGAUACAAAGCGCCGCGCACAGCUCGGGAGCGAUCGCACCGGAGGGACCCUCUGACGGAAACCUGGCCGGGAUUCAAGGCCUAGAAGAGACCGCAGGCACAGGCAGCCCCAGAGGAGGAAGACCAGGAAACGGCAGCGCCCCCUCGCAGGGCCUCAGCCCCUCGGGCUCCACCUGCGGCGGGCCCCCGCCCCACCCCGGGGAUCACGCUGGGGCCCACCCCACUGCCUCCCGGGGCGGGGACCAGAGGGCGCCCCUGCCUCUCCCAAGACCCCCGAACGCUCUCUCGGGGCACCACCGCCCGCCCCCCCACACCGGCGGCUUCCCCUGCCUCCGGUACGCCCCCCUCCCGCGUCCAGCUCCCACCGUACCCCGCGGGGCUCGCACGCCCCCACCACACCCACCCCCGGCCCCAGCCCCCGCCUGCAACGGAAAAGGCCUUACCUCGCACCACGGCCCAGCCGCGCUCACCUGCUACACAACCUCCUCCCUCCGGCGCCUCUUCUGCCUCCCGUCGCCAACGAGCAGCGCCGCGGCCGCCGCUGCCUCCCCCCCUCCCCCCCCCCCCGCCCCUCCGGCAGAUGCUCCCGCCCCCCCGCACGCGCCACGCCUAUCUCGACGGCCCAUUGGCCACUCACCCCACAAUGGGCCUUUGGAUUGCUGCAAGUAG